AUGCGCUGAGGAGGGGAGCUCCGGCGCGUUCAGGCGCAGCGCUCACCGUCAGCCGAGGCGGCGGCUCCAGGCAGCGGCUGGCCGAGCGCUCCGCCCAGGUAAGGGGGACUCAACGCGCUCCCGGGCACCGCCGCUGUUCACCAUCUUUCUAUCGUUUAUCCGGGAAGAAAGAGAUGCUUUUUGUUUCCAAAAUUAACUCAUGUUGAACUGAACAAAGAUCGGCACUGACGUCUGCCUCUCCCAGACUCCUGCCGUCUGCCUCUCCCAGACUCCUGCCGUAUGCCCGAUCCGUGAGCAGCCAUGACAAAGCUGUACGAGUUCGACUGGCAGAAGCCCAUUCCGGAGUUCCUGCAGGAAGGGGCCAUCUUCGACAGGUUUGAGGAGGACCCAUUCAUCGUAGAGACCAACUGCCUGUUCAAGGUCGACGAGUUUGGCUUCUUCCUCACGUGGAGAGGUGAAGGAGGGGAAGGGCAGGUUCUGGAGUGUGCUUUUAUCAACAGCAUCCGCAAUGCUUCAGCACCCAAGGACCCCAAGCUCCUGUCGUGUUUCGAGGCGACAGAGAGCGAGCUGGAUGGCCGAGUCAUCUGCAUCUGCAGCGGUCCGGACCUGGUCAACCUCAGCUUCAUAUACAUGGUGGCCGACAGUGUCGAAAUAGCCAAGCAAUGGCUGGAAGGCCUGAGGUCUGUGAUUCAUAACUUCAAAUCAAACAACGUCUGUCCCAUGACCUGCCUGAAGAAGCACUGGAUGAAGCUCUCGUUUCUGACAAACGUAAAUGGCAAAAUUCCUGUGAGGAGCAUAACGAGGACUUUUGCCUCUGGCAAAACGGAAAAGGUGAUCUUUCAGGCUCUGAAGGAACUCGGACUGCCCAGUGGGAAGAAUGACGAAAUCGACCCCGCUGUCUUCACGUUUGACAUGUUCUAUGCCCUAACCCAGAAGAUCUGCCCACGUACUGAUAUAGAGGAUUUAUUCAAGAAGAUCAAUGGAGACAAAAGUGAUUUUUUAAACAUAGACCAGUUAGUCAGCUUUCUGAAUGAAAAUCAGCGGGAUCCACGACUAAACGAGAUCCUGUUCCCGUUCUAUGAGCCCAAGAGGGCAAUGCAGAUCAUAGAGAAGUAUGAGCGAGAUGAGGAGCUGAAGGUGAAAGGCCGCAUGUCAUGUGACGGCUUCUGCCGGUACCUCAUGUCGGACGAGAACGCGCCUGUCUUUCUGGACCGUCUGGACCUGUACCAGGAUAUGGAUCAGCCACUGGCCCACUACUUCAUCAGCUCCUCGCACAACACCUACCUGACGGGGCGCCAGUUCGGGGGCAAGUCCUCUGUGGAGAUGUACCGACAGGUGCUCCUGUCUGGAUGCAGAUGCGUGGAGCUGGACUGCUGGGAUGGGAAGGGGGAAGACCAGGAACCUAUCAUAACGCACGGAAAGGCCAUGUGUACCGACAUACUGUUCAAGGAUGUGAUCCAGGCCAUCAAAGAAACCGCCUUCGUAACCUCGGCGUAUCCAGUGAUUCUCUCUUUUGAAAAUCACUGCAGUAAACCACAGCAAUACAAGAUGGCGAGAUACUGUGAGGAGAUCUUUGGAGACCUUCUGCUCAAGCAGCCAGUGGAGGGCUUCCCGAUCGAAGCCGGGAGGCCACUACCAUCCCCCAUCGAUCUGAAGAGGAAGAUCCUCAUCAAAAACAAGCGCUUAAAACCGGAGGUGGAGCAGAAGCAGAUGGAAGCCUUCAGAAAGCAGAUGGAAGCUGGAGAGAUCAGCACCCCGGCCAGCAUCCUAGAGGACGAAAAUGAGGAGGAGGGUGACGGUGCCGAGGUAAAGGACGGAAACCCAGAACCGAAAAACGUAACCAACCUGUCCUCAGACGAGAUGAGCGACGCCCACCUGAACAGCGUUAAGAAGGUCACCGACGAGGAGGGAGUGGAGAUGUCUGAGUCCACAGAUGCCCCAGACACCACAGAUGUGUCUGAAAUCUCCGAUCAGGACAAUAAUAAGAAGGCUGGGGAGAAUGUGGAGGACGACGAACAGGCCCUGAUUGCCUCAUACAAGUAUGUGGGGGCGACCACCAACAUCCACCCUUACCUCUCCGCCAUGGUGAACUACGCCCAGCCCGUCAAGUUCCAGAGCUUCGAAGUGGCAGAAGAGAGGAACAUCUACCACAACAUGUCCUCCUUCAACGAGUCAGUGGGCCUGGGUUACCUGAAGACCAACGCCAUCGAGUUUGUCAACUAUAACAAGCGGCAGAUGAGCCGGAUUUACCCCAAAGGCGGCCGCGUGGACUCCAGUAAUUACAUGCCUCAGAUCUUCUGGAACGCCGGCUGCCAGAUGGUGUCCCUGAACUACCAGACCCCAGAUUUAGCUAUGCAGCUGAACCAGGGGAAGUUCGAGUAUAACGGCUCUUUCGGGUACCUGCUGAAGCCAGACUUCAUGCGGCGCUCCGACCGCAUGUUCGACCCGUUCUCCGAGACGCCGGUGGAUGGGGUCAUCGCCGCCCACUGCAGUGUUCAGGUGUUCUCAGGCCUCUUCUUGUCCGACAAGAAGAUCGGCUCCUACGUGGAGGUGGACAUGUACGGCCUGCCCACAGACACCAUCCGCAAGGAGUUCCGGACUCGGAUGGUGAUGAACAACGGGCUGAACCCGGCAUAUAACGAGGAGCCGUUCGUAUUCCGGAAGGUGAUCCUGCCGGAUCUGGCGGUUCUCCGGAUCGCCGUCUAUGACGACAACAACAAGCUGAUCGGGCAGCGGAUCCUGCCGCUGGACGGCUUGCAGGCUGGCUACCGACACAUAUCGCUGCGGAACGAGGGCAACAAGCCGCUCUCCCUGCCCACCAUCUUCUGCAACAUCGUGCUCAAGACGUACGUUCCAGACGGAUUUGGAGAGAUCGUGGAUGCCCUCUCAGACCCGAAGAAGUUUCUGUCCAUCACGGAGAAGAGAGCUGACCAGAUGAGGGCCAUGGGCAUCGAAACGAGCGACAUCGCCGAUGUGCCAAACGAUAGCUCGAAGAACGACAAGAAAGGAAAGGCGAAUCAGGCCAACGCAGUUCCGCAGAGCGGGUCCGAGUUGGGACAGACCUCCAUGUCGGGGCAGACCAACAUCAGCGAAGCCAAGAAAGACGGCGCGCUCAUACCUCAGGUGAACAUCGAGGACCUGAAGCAGAUGAAGACAUAUCUGAAGCUGAUUAAGAAGCAACAGAAGGAGCUGAGCACUUUGAAGAAGAAGCACGCCAAGGACAACAGUGCCAUGCAGAAGUGCCACUGUACCCAGGUGGACAAGAUGGUGGCUCUGCAUGAUAAGGAGAAACUGACCUGCGAGAAGCUUCUGGAGAAAGCCGUCAAGAAGAAAGGAGAAAACAACUGCCAGGAGCUGAAGAAGGAGGUGGAAAUCAAGGUCCAGGAGCUGACGUCCGACCACAAAGCCAAGGUGAAGGAUAUCGUCGCCCAGCAGACCAAGGAGUGGUCAGAGAUGAUCAACUCCCACAGCAUGGAGGAGCAGGAGAUGAAGGACCAGCAUGUGCUACAGCAGUGUGAGCACCUCAGGAAGCUCAUGCUGGCCGUGCAGGAGCAGCAGACGCAGAACCUCAAGAUGAUCCACGAGAGGCAGAGCAAAGAGAUGCGGGCUAACCAGGCCAAGUCGUCCAUGGAGAACAGCAAAGCCAUCAGCCAGGACAAAAGCAUCAAAAACAAGGCCGAGCGAGAGAGGAGAGUUCGGGAGCUAAACAGCAGCAACACCAAAAAAUUCCUUGAAGAAAGGAAAAGGCUCGCCAUGAAGCAGUCGAAGGAGAUGGACCAGCUGGAAAAGACUCAACUGGAGCAGCUUGAGAACCUGGAGAAACUCAAUGAGCAGCUUAAGAAUUCACACCAUGCAAAUUCUCAGUGCCCAGGCCAAGGACAUGCAGCAGAUGGUGAAGCUGGAAGCAGCGAUGGACCGGAGACCAGCCACAGUGGUGUGAACUCCUCAGCCGACUGAGGGGGGCGGGGGCCCUUUUGUGGACAGACACCCUCUGACGUGAUACUUAAGCUCUCCGAGCUGUGCGCCCCCCGACCCCUCUCCCCCCCACCCUCAAAGAGGCAACAGCGUCACCCCAAGCGAUGGGAUCCGCCCCCACACGGCCCGUCCAUCGCCACUCACCUCUUCCCACUUUUUCUAUUUAAUUUUUUCUAACAACAGCAUAGCCUGCGAUUUGUCUGACAUGCUGCGAUUUUAGAUACUGUCCCACUGUUUAUGCCAAUCAGGAUUAUUAGAUCUGAUGUAUUAACGUGUAUUUCUACAUUUUUAUUUGUAUUUUAAUAGUGUGAGACUAUAAAAGGCAGAAGGAGAGUAAACAUCUGUCAGUCAAAAUCGCACGGCGGCCUGGAGGUGUAAGUAUUACGUCAUAGGCACUUUUAUGACGAGUAGGUUUUAAGGUAGUCCAAAAAAUGUAGCAGUGCCCUUCCUCAUUCCUCCAUCCAUCUCUCGACCCUAAAGUACCGUGGGUUUGAGUGGUGGGGGGAGCUGGGGGGGGGGCAGCCUGUCCGCUGGCCGUAGAGACCCACAGAGCCGCUGCCGUCCGGACUUUGAAAAACCAAUAUCGCAAUAGCAAUGCCAUCAUCACACUUUUAAAAAGUAUAUUAUUUAACUUUUAGGAUAAUUUAAAAAACGAUCAGCUAAGCUGCUGUUGUAGGGUGCCAUCCAUCCAUCACCCAUUUUUCCACUGCCUGUCCUGGACAGAAUCAUGGGGGGGGGGCUGAAGCCUAUGUCAGGCAUCUUAGGGCACCAGGCUGGAAUCCACCCUGGAUCGGAUACCAGUUAGUGGAAUACCAGUUUAUUUUGACAUUAACAAGGUUUGGAGAUUCGGCCACAGAUCCAGCAGAAAUCAGAUGUCCAAUCCGUUCGUUGCCUUCUAUUGCUCAUGAUGAAACCUUUUACCCCCAGCCUGUGUUCACAUCGAUUCUCUUGGGUAGAGACUAGAUGGUGUGGGACUAUUAGGACUGGUUAGUGCUCAUCAUCUGGUUAUCCUCACUAAGUACCUCAUUAAGACCUCAUUAAGUGUCACCUGCAGCAAUUGAUUUUACCCUUUCAUUUCAGAUUAAAAAAUCAGCUCAGCUGUGUAUUUCAUCACAUGAAUGGCUUUACUAGGUAUUUCUCUCAUCUGAAAUUAAUAAUUGCCAAAUUCAGUACUAUUGGACAUGAGUUUUGUGUGUAUUUACUGGGGCUUAUGCUACUUAAAGCAGUGGUUUACUGGGGAUUUGGAGGAGGCGGGACUUCCUUUAUAGGAAGCGGGACUUCCUUUUUCAGGAGGCGGGACUUCCUUUGCAUGCCACUGUCUUUGGGUAGUAUGUGGUAAUAGAGCUGUGGUUCAGGGUGAGAAGCAGUGGGGGUUUAAUUGGCAUAUGGAGGCCAAAGUGUUUCACGCACAGUUACAGGACGACUGUCCAUGUGGGUCUGCUGCCUUGUCUCCGUCUCACUGUAAUUUGUCAUAUUGGCAGAGAUCAACACAACCUUGAUUGAUACUAUUUAUGACCGAUGCCACUAAAAGGUGACAGUCAGUGUCGAACCUCAGCCUUGCAUCCUGCUGUGGUUUCUGUCCAUCCGUGUUCCGUCGUCAUCACUGGAAGUGGUUCGUCCUUAAUGUACAGAGCGAGAGAUGCAGUGUGACAGUUCAUCAAUUGCAGGGAAUGUUUUUAAAUUUCGGUCAGCUGUGUUAAUAUAGUACCAGCCAUCGGCACUAUUUAAAACGCCACCCAAAAUGAUAAAGCUCUUCCUUUGUAUAAGGAAUGAUAUGUACUCUAAGUUCUGCUGGUUCUCCACUCUGGUUCCGUGGCUGUAGUUCACAAAAAUACAGACACUUUAUGUAUAUACCUGAAUGUAUGUAGUGUAUUAUUUUUGACCAAAUGGGUUCUGCAGUAUAUCAAUAAGUUAAGGGCUCUGGGAUUAAAAAAAAAAAAGAAUAUUUGUUACUGGGGAAAUGAGGUUCAGAGCAACUGGCCAUUUUAUGUUCCGGGUCAUUCCAUCUUGCAGCAUCAUACAGUGAUCAUGCCUGUGAUCACCUAUCUAAUGCGAUACUAUUAAGCGAAGUGCGCAAACAUUUGCUGCAUUGCUUUCAGAUGUGCCACUCGACGGAAGUCUGGUUGGGUGUUUCGGUUAUUUAACAAAAUAUAAUGCCAAAAUAAGUUAUGUAUAUAAAUAAAUACAUAUAAAUAUAUGAAAUGAGAAUAUAGUAGAUAGUAUAAGACUCUAUUAAGGUUUGUCAUAGAGCCUCCUUUACACUCAGUGUAUGUUUUCUGUUUGUGUGAUUACAUGUAACCUUUCGCUUUAUAGUUUAUUGUAAAAGCAAUUAUUACGGAAAUGUUAUUGCUUUUACGUUUACUGGUUUGUUUUUAGUCUUUAAUUUUAACUUUGGCUUGGUGAAGGGACUUCAUGUGAGUGUUUUUGUAUUUAUAUUGUAUUUGUUGAAUUAGAAAUGAAGAUGUCGUUGUUAUCAUGCUACUUUAAUACUGUUUUAUAGUAUAUGUAUCAAUAAAUAAUCAAAUGGUG